AUGAAAGAGCUAUGCAGGCUCUGGAUAUUGCUGUUUCCGUUGUUAAUAAUAUCUCAGCUCUUUCUACUAACUUCUCCAACAAAAAGUGAAGCAUGGAAUGAUUGGAAUUUCGAGCGUUCCCUACAAAUAACCAUAUACCCAACGGAGGAGAACGUGCAUGAAGGAAAUGAAGCCACGUUUGACUGCCGCGCCCGUUCUCCUGAUGGAAUCACAUAUCCGGAAGUGCGGUGGACUCGAUAUAAUGCCCCAAUGCCCGCGUCAGCUUAUGAAUCUGGCGGACGUUUAAAGUUCUCGUCAGCAUCAAUGUCUGAUAGUGGACGUUACAUUUGUUCGACAAAUUUUGAUGGAAAAGAUUAUAUUGCAUAUGCUCAGCUCAAUAUACAACCUUAUGGACCACAAGAAUUUCAAAGUGUGUUGCCACAGAGUGGUGUAUGCAGUGCCGAUGAACGGGCCUGUGGUAAUAACGAAUGCGUAAAGAGCGACUACAUUUGUGAUGGUGAACCCGACUGUCGAGAUCGUACAGAUGAAAAAGAUUGUCCGUCAUUAAGUUCUUGUGAACCAAAUGAAUUUAAAUGUAACAAUGGUCGUUGCGUACAAAAAAUGUGGCUCUGUGAUGGAGACGAUGACUGCGGUGAUAAUUCUGAUGAACAGACUUGUAGCCAUCGAGUUGCAUCUAAUGGUUGUUCUGCGACUGAAUUCAAAUGCCGCGAUGGGCGGCAGUGCAUUCCGCAAAGUUUCCAUUGCGAUGGUACAAAUGACUGCCAAGAUGGAUCUGAUGAGAUUGGUUGUGUUCAACCAACUAUUGUCCAACCACCUGAAACUAAUAAACAAGUUGAUGCUGGUAGUACCUUCCAGUUAUCAUGCAAAGCGGUAGCUGUACCAGAACCAUAUAUUAAUUGGCGCCUCAAUUGGGGACCUGUAUGUGAUCCACCGCGAUGUGUCCAACAUUCUGAGGGUGGUCUUGGUACUCUUACCAUAAAAAAUGCGCAGUCUUUGGAUCAAGGUGCUUAUACCUGUGAAGCUAUCAAUGUCAAAGGUCGAGUACUAGCAACGCCAGAUUGUGUCGUAAGAAUCGUGAACAUUCCAGCUCCUGAACCGCAGCACAAAUUUAGAUGCAAUGCAAUUGGUUCUGUAAGUACUGUUCCAGACCAUACUGGACGAUGUUACUGUAAGUCAUUGGCAACCGGCCCAACAUGUGAUUCUUGCAUUCAUGGUGCCUAUCAUCUACAUGAGAAAUCUCGCGAGGGUUGCUUGAAGUGCUUCUGUUCUGGUGUCACCGAUCAGUGUCGCUCAUCAUCUUGGUAUCGAACAAAAGAUAAGAUCUUAUUAAGCGGUGAUUCGCCAAAUAUCGAAUUAUCAGAUAUCGAUGGACAUACAGUAAAUGCGCAUUUUAAUUAUGACAGCUCUGGCAUGAUCGUUUCCAACGAGCCAUCUUAUCAGACAAUUUACUGGAUGAUGCCGCAACAUUUCCUUAAAAAUAAGUUGACAGCUUAUGGUGGCGAAUUAGCGUUUGAUCUGCAAUAUUCAUGCACUGGUCCUUUGAAUAAUGAACCGUUUAUUAUUCUUAAGGGUCAAGGUAUUACACUCGUGCAUCGUCCACAUGAUACGCAUAAAUUUUCUUCUGAUCGAAAAAUUCAAUAUAACAUCGAUACUUACGAAACGAAUUUCGAAGAAUUAGAUGGAAGGCCUGCUACUCGAGAGAAUCUGAUGAAGGUAUUAGCUGAUUUAGAUACUAUGCUAAUCAGAGCUUCACAUUGUCAUGGGCAACAAUCUACAGGCAUUGGAAACAUCAGCUGGGAAGUAGCAGUUGAUCGAGAUACACAAGACAGAUUAGCUUUAGAAGUUGAACAGUGCUUCUGUCCACCAGGAUAUACUGGUUUAUCUUGUGAGACUUGCGCACCAGGGUACGAACGUUCACGUGAAAGGCCACACAGUGGUAAGUGUGUAGCAAUACAACAACGGGCACAAUGCUCACCAAUAGGCGCACUAAGUACGCAACCUGGUUAUGAUGGUAGAUGCCAAUGCAAAACAUAUGCAACGGGUGCAAUGUGUGAUCGCUGUCCUCCGAACACUUUUCAUUUAUCAGCAAGAAAUCCACAAGGUUGCAUACCUUGUUUCUGUUCUGGAGUUACACAGCAAUGCUCCUCUUCAAAUUUACACCGAACUCAAGUAGUUAUUGACUACACCAGAGGAGCAACUGAUCAACUUGAAAUUACUACUAGCGAUGCUCAUAGUUCUUUCAGUCCACAAUCGCAAGGUCGAAUAACCGGAAAUGGUAUAACAUUCGACGCGUUCCAUGAAGCAUCCGGUCAAAAGCUUUACUGGAAAUUACCAGAACGAUUCCUUGGCAAUAAAGUUACCAGUUACGGUGGCAUACUUAAAUAUGUUUUCCGUUAUUCGGGUGUCGGACCUAUCAACACUGAUGCCGAUGUUAUUUUGCGAGGAAAUGAUAUAACUUUGUUGUACAAACAUCAUCAGUCACCCAUUGCGGGGCGUGAUAAUGUCGUGGAAGUGAAACUGUUUGAAGAUCAAUGGCAACGCAUGGAUGGACAACCAGCUACACGUGAACAUUUAAUAAUGGCAUUGUCUGACUUGGAUGCAUUACUAAUCAAACUGAAUUACGUGGAGGAUUCUUCCUCAUCAUCACUGAUUAGUGUUUCUUUGGACUAUGCUCAGUCUCACGUUACAGGUGGCGAUAUUGCAUACGAGGUUGAACAAUGCCGAUGUCCACCAGGUUACAUUGGUACUUCUUGCGAAGAAUGUGCGCAAGGAUAUUCUCGUACUGGUGGUGGAUUGUACCUUGGUCUUUGUGAACGAUGUGAGUGUCAUGGGCAUGCUUCAAAAUGUGACAAAGAGCAUGGAUUUUGCAUCGAUUGCCAACAUAAUACAGAAGGUGAUCAGUGCGAACGUUGUAAGCCAGGAUUCAGCGGUGAUGCUCAUCGUGGUACACCACAUGACUGUCAACCGAUAACUACCAGACCCGCUUGCAUGUGUAACAAUCAUUCACCUCGGGGUUGUGAUUCGUUUGGUCGAUGUUUGCUAUGUGAGCACAAUACAGAAGGAUAUCACUGUGAACAGUGCAAACGUGGAUAUUAUGGCGAUGCAACUCGUGGGACACCGUAUGACUGCACUCCUUGUCCGUGCCCAGGUGCCUCAGAUUGCUUCCUGGAUAAUUAUGGACAAGUUCAGUGUCGAAACUGUCCAGCCGGUUUGACCGGACGUUUGUGUGAUGAAUGUGCGCCUGGUUAUACUCGUUCGCGUUCCCGAGGACGUAUCGAAGAAGGACGUAGUUGUGAGCCAAUUGGACACGUGGAGGAAACAAACAUUGUAUUCGUGCCUACACCUGAAGGUGACCGCAUUCGUCGACGACGUAUUCGCUGGCAGCGUAAUCGCUUGCCGCGAACUCGUCGUUAUCGUCCACAACGCCAUUUGCAUUUCCGGAAUAUUUUUACAAAGUUAAUGAAGUUAAAUGGUAUCUGUAUUGUUUCAGCUCAUGGUCCACCAUUACGUGUGCAAAUUGAUGCUCCGAAGAACGUUCAUCUACCAGUUGGUGGUAGAGUUCGUUGGUACUGCCGAAUUAUCGGCGAGCGGAGUCCAGGAGUUCGCUUACACUGGUCAAAAGUUGGCACUGCUGGAUUGCCAAGCAAUUCAGUACAAUAUGAUGGUGAGCUGGUCAUUGAUAAUGUACGAGAAUCGGAUGCAGGUCAGUAUCGAUGUACAGCAGCUGGUGAUCAUCAGUUUGCUACAGAUGAUGCGACUUUGGUUACAACACGGGAACAAACACCAGUUGGUGGUAGACCGCCACCAGUAAUGGUUGAUCCUUUGGAGCAGACUGUAAAUGUGAAUGAUCCUGUGAGCUAUCGUUGUUGGGUGCCUGGUUUAUCUUCUUGCGAAUUGACAUGGCAUAAAGAAGAUAUUGGUGGACCACUACCUCAUGGCGUAUACCAAAGUGGUGGUGCGUUAAAAAUUCCUCGGGCACAGUUAAUUGAUGCCGGAAAUUAUAUUUGUACUGCUUCAAAUGAAUACGGUAUCGGAAAAUCACCACCUGUCCGUCUUACUGUCAAACGUCCAACACAACGACCACGUAUAGAUCCGGAAGAAAAUACAGUCGCAGAAGGUGAACCAGCACGUUUCCGUUGCUGGGUUCCAGGCGAUCCGACAGCGCAUCUCAUAUGGAAAAUGAAAGGUAAUGGCCCAAUACCACAUGGAAUACAGCAGCAUGAUGGAAUUAUGAAUAUUCCAACUGUACAACGUCAUCAUGCUGGAAGCUAUAUUUGUACUUCAACCGAUCCGGAGGGACGUAGACCGUCAAUGGAUAGUCCAGUUGCCAGGUUGAUCGUUCGACCACCAAACAAUCCCGUUGUGGAUCCAGCAGCCCAAACGGUAAAUGAAAAUGAACCUGCAAAAUUCCGAUGUUGGGUACCAGGAAAUCCUAUUGCAGUAUUGCACUGGAAGCGUGCUGAUAAUAACCCCUUACCAUACGGGGCAAUCGAUAGUCAUGGGACGUUAUCAAUACCACGGGCUCAGUUAUCGGAUACUGGUGAUUAUAUUUGCUCAGCACGUGAUGCCGAUGGUGGGGCACCUGCUGACUCAUCUCCUGCUAGAUUGGAUGUGAAGAGACCAACGCAAUCUACGCGUGGACGAUAUCCACUCGAACAGGAAAAGCCUCAGGUUGAUCCACACUCUCUUUCGGUGAAUGAAGGGGACCCUGCAUUGUUUCGGUGUUGGCUACCAUCAGACCCGAAAGCACGUGUGAAAUGGACCAGAGCCGAUGGCACGCCGCUGCCUUAUGGAGCAUCUGAUGAUGGUUUUGGCACCUUAUAUAUCCCGAGAGCUCACAUGUCUGACGCUGAUUUUUACGUUUGUUCAGUAGUUGAUCCUAAGUAUGGUCCACCAGUGAACUCAGUACCCGUUGAAUUCAAAGUUGAGCCAUAUGGUCGGAGACAAGAUAUUGAGAGCCCGGAAGCAAUUCGAGUAGCACCGCAAGUUGAACCAUUAGAGCAAACUGUUAAAGAAGGUGAUCAGUCUCAAAUUCGUUGUUUCGUACCUGGUUCAACUCAACAUCAUACGCUAAAGUGGAAGAAACAAGAUGGUCAUUUGCCAGUUGACGCUACACAGAAAAAUGGAGUUUUGUACAUACCUCGGACGAGAACCGAAGAUGCAGGAAAUUAUAUUUGUUCAUUAAAAGAUUCAUCAAAUGGUGCACCAAUAGAUUCUGUUCCAGCACGUAUCAACGUGAGACAGCAUGAAGGACCAAAAGUUGAUCCAAUCAGUCAAACGGUUGAUGAAGGUUCACCUUCACGCAUCCGAUGUUGGGUUGACGGAGAUCCAAAUGCUCACCUAAGCUGGCAUAAAGAAGAUGGACAAUUACCACGUAGUGCCCAAGAAAGCCACGGUAUCUUUACUAUUCCAGAAACAGCUGCCGAAGAUGCAGGAGAAUAUAUUUGCACACUACAUGAUCCGCAUGGUGGCCCAUCAACAAGUUCAUCACCUGCUACUAUUAAUGUUCGCAAAGAAGAAAAAACACCAAUGGUCAAUCCCAUAUCAUUAACGGUGAAUGAAGGUGAUUUGGUUCGAAUUCAAUGUUAUAUACCUGGUAAACAUUCCGAAACACUUCACUGGAGUUUUGAAACUGAAGAUGGUGCCUUGCCAGAGGGUUCUUACGUGUUUCACGGAGUGCUAACCAUUGAUAAAGCUCGUUUAACUGAUUCUGGAAAGUAUAUUUGUGUAGAUCAAGAAACUUCUCGAGCUGCUCCAUCAGUAUUAUUGAAAGUAGAGAAAGAAAGUGGUGAUGAAAGGGAAUCACAUCAUAAAAUAGAAAUUUCACAUGAUAAUUAUGAUGAUAAUUACCGGAAGGAACGACUUGAAUUUACUGACAGUCAAAAUGAAACAGUCGAUGAAAAUGGCAUUCAUGGAUAUGAACGUGAAAAUAAUGCUGAGUACAGUAAUAACCAUGAAUAUGACAGUAUUCAUUUUACUGACGACAAUGCAGGUAAGCCACCUCAACCAGUUGCAACACCAACUGAUCAGGUCGUAAGAAUUGGUGAACCUGCUCGAUUCCAAUGUGAUCCAAACAGUGAUACACCAGCAAAUAUUCAUUGGGCACAGGAAACUGCUGAUGGACCUUUGAGAGGUGAUGUCAUAUUGAAAGAUAAUGAUUUGAUAAUAAACUCAGCUGAUAACGCACAUGCUGGUGAUUAUAUUUGCAUUGCUACUAACGAAUAUGGUACUGGUGAAGCUGAACCUGUUCGACUUCAUGUUACCGAAAAGGAAAUACCUCCAACUGCUCGUGUAGUACCACGUGUUUGGAAUGGACAACCAGGUGAUAAACACCAGCUCCAAUGUAUAACCACCGGUUCACCUCAACCAACAAUUACUUGGACAGGACCAACUGGUGACGCACUGCCUGAAGAUGUAAUAGAUAUUGGAGGUGGCUUUUUAGAUUUCCAAAAUGCUCGAUCAGACAUGAAUGGAGACUACACAUGUACAGCUAUUAAUAUUGUUGGCAAGGCAAGCGAUCAUGGAUCAGUGAAUAUCGGGCCUUCACUUACAGUACGCACUAGUCCACCUGGACCACGUAUUGUUCUUACAGCUGGUGAACCGUUGGAAGUAAAAUGUGAAGCAUUCGGUGAACCGGAACCGGAAGUUGAAUGGUUACAUGAUCCGGGACCAGAACGUGGUGAUCUUCCAGAUAAUUUCAAACCCGUAACUAUUUCUGAACAGUUCAUUCGACAUCCAAAUAUUGGCCUUGGCAAUGCUGGUAUCUACACCUGUAGAGGCAGCAAUAUUCAGGCGUCAGCAAAAAAAGACAUUUAUAUCGAGGUUGUGGAACCGUCAAGAAUUGCAACUGUUGCCAUUCUCGGUGGUUCAACUCAGUGGUUUGAAUCGGGUAAACCAGUUGACUUGGUAUGUGCUGCAACAGGCAGUGAAAUUGUUGAUCGAAUUCAAUGGGUGAAAGUUGAUGGUAGUCUUCCGGAUGAUGCUAAAGAAACGGAACCAGGGGUUCUACAUAUAUCUAAAUUCAGGAAAUCAGAUGAUGGUGAAUACGAAUGUCGAGGAUAUCGCCAUGACGAACUAGUAGGUAGCAACCGAGUAACCUUAUAUACAACGAAUUCGAGUCCAUUGGAUACAGCUCGAGUUGUGAUUGAUCCUCCCGCUGUUCGAGUUGUCGAACAAGGCGAAUCAAUUGAACUGACUUGCACGGUCGAAGAAAUAGCAGAUACAUAUCUUCUCACUUGGUAUCGUUCAGCUGGCUACGGCAAUUUGCAUCAAGCACCAAUUAUUCUAAGUUUUGAUAAAUCCGUAAUCUUGAAUCAGGUUGAUUUCAAUGAUCAGGGCAUCUACUGGGUUCAGCUGGAAAGCACCUCUGGUGAACGUGUUCGCAGAGGUGAUAAUAAUGCAGUAAACUUUGAAUGGGCGUUACUUCGGGGUGGUAAGAUUGUCCGGCUGUUCUCAGAAGAAAGAACGCUAGUGAUCAAAAAAUCAGAUCCAUCCAAUGAUUAUGGAGUAUAUCGAUGUGAAGUUGAAGACGACGAUGGCGAACUUAUCGGACAAGCUUAUGCGGCUGUUUCCAUCGGAUACAUCGACCCCUCCAAUGCGCGGGUUGUUAAAUUUGAUGAAAAAUCACCUGCAACAAUUGAGUGUCCGGUUUAUAUGGUUCCUGGUGCACAUGUCACUUGGGAAAAGGAAGAUGGCGAAUUAUCUGAAGAUGUGAAUGUUGUUGGUAACAAACUGAUGAUCAGAGAAUUUGAAGAUGAAGCAGUAGGAAUGUACGUUUGCAAGGUUGAUAUUAAUGGGAAGCAGGUUGAAGGAUAUGUUAAAGCAGAAAUUUAUGUACCGGAUACAAUAAUACAAGUUUUGCUGGAGCCAUCAUCAGAAAGCAUUUCACUCGGUGAUAGAGCAUGGUUUGAUUGCAAGGUAACUGGUGAUCCUGAUGCCGAUAUCACCUGGACUAAAGAAGGUGAAGACGAUCUACCUGACAAUGCACAGGUUAUGGGCAAUCGUUUGUUAUUCGUAAACGUACGUGAGGAUAAUGGUGGUAUUUACAAGUGUCAUGCAAAAACGAAAGCUGGUCCGUUGGAAACGCGCAAUGUGCUCAAUGUCGGAAAUGCAAAACGCAAGCGAAAGCGUCUUUCUCGUAAAAAAGAAAAACGAGCCCAUAAUGUGGCUCGAAAUGAUGCUAGAAAAGAAAAGAAGAGCAAUUCCAUUUUCGGCAGCUGGUUUACGUCUAGCUAA